CAGGUUUUCUGGCCAGCUGGGCAAUGCUUUUUCAGCCUGUGUUGUGGCCCCAAGCCAUUCGAUGCCGAAGCUUCACAUCUUCACUGCACAGGCAUUUGCUGCUGGCAUGCGAAAGGCCUCAAGUGGACUGCGUGGAGUGGCCGACCGGCCUGAAGGACUGGUCGCAGCUCCAAGCUCAGGCUGAGCGUGUCGCGGCUUGGCCCUCGCAUCCGCUGAAGGCGUUGGAACGCUUGGCCUUAGCGGAAGGCUUGGUCGCUCAGGCAGCAGGUGUGCUGAACCUCUGUACAGAGCAAUGCGGGCAACACCUUUGCACGUUCUACGAAGACCUGGCAUCGGGCCAAGCAGCAUUGCGCCCGCGGCACUUGGCCCAUCCUCCUGCGCCGGCGUUGGUUGCGUGUACUUCGCACCUGGAUACGGCCCUGCCCGUGGUUGUGCACCAUGCAACAGCCCUAUUGCUGGCGGGUCACGUGGUUGCAGUCGCAGCGCAAGGACGCGCUCUUGAGGCGCUGAAGGCUGCAACUGCAGGAUUUCCAGAGGACCUUCUUUCUACCAUGCCGUUGGGACCUCUGGCAACCUUGCCUCGUUUGCGCACUUUGCGGAGUGUGGGCCCUUCUCCAGUGCAGCUGUGGCAGGACAGGGCCCCACCGGGAGACUUUGGCGGCGAUGGCCCUGCGCGACAUGGAAUGGCCAGAGCAGCGGAUCCAUUGACACUGAGUGAUUGCCAUGACAACAGCAUUGCUGCUUGCCAAAGGGCUGAGUCGAUUAGCUUGGAGUUUGGGUUGACAUGGAGUGAAGAGGUGACUUCUCUGGCUGAUCUUUUGCCAGUAGCAAGCCGCCCCAAUGCUGUUGACUUGGAGAUGCAGCGCUUCCUGCAUUUGCUUUGGGCUGUCAGGGAGCCUCUCGGGCCAGAGCAGGUUGCUCUAGCACCCAGUCACAAACACGUCCUGCUGACCUUCUGUGGCAGCACUCUCCCCGAGGACCUGGUGAAGCUGGCUUUGACCUCGGCGAUGAGCCCAUUCCACGAAAGGAUCACUCUUCAUGCAGUCGGCCUUGGAGCUAGAGGCCUUGGAAGGGAGCCAUUGAAGUCCUUUUGCAAGGUGGUUCAGUCUGGCCGCAUGGCGUGGGAGGUCAAGGAGCACAAGGAUUGGGCGACCUUCCUGGACUGGCUACCUUUGCAAGAAGGGAUCAAUCUGUUCAGCCUGCUCAGGAAUCUGGAGCCAGAGGUGAAGAGACGAUGUGCCAGUACUGGUGGUGCUGCCUGGGUUCAGCUUGGCUCGGAUCCCGUAGACAGACUGAGGCGAUGGACAGAAGUGGUUCCCGCAGAUGACGUUGAGAAUCGAAGGUUGCAAACCUGAUGCAUAGAUCUGCUGGCUAACUCGAGGACAAAA